CCUUCAAGCUCAGAGGGGCGAUACAGGGACUGAAUGGAUAAAUGAAAGGGUGGCCUACCAUGGUCAUGUGUUCAAGACAUUGAUUCUAGGCUCCCCAACUGUGAUUAUCACUGGAAAGGAAGGUAACAAGUACGUACUUAUGGAUGAUGAAGCAUUCGCCGGAAACCAGCCAGCUUCUCUUAGGAAGAUCUUUGGGAAAAACAGUAUCAUAGAACUUACAGGAGACAGGCACAAGCUUGUAAAGCGCGCAAUGAUGCGCUUCCUAAAACCCGAAAACCUUCAAGAAUACAUAGGAAUCAUGGAUGGUUUGGUGAAAACAAGAUUAGUGGCCGAAAUGAAAGAGAAGGACACGAUCAAGGCCGUGCAUUUUAUGAAGGAUCUCACAUUCAACGUUACAUGCACUCUAUUGUUUGGAUUAUAUGAUGAGCACGUCAAAGCGGCCUUGUCUGAGGACCUCUCCAAAGCAUUGAAAGCGGCUUGGUCUAUUCCUAUUAAUUUCCCGGCAGGCACCAUCUUUGGGCGGGGUGUAAAAGCGAGAUCUAAGAUUGUUGAACGAAUGGCCCCCAUCGUAAGGAGGAGAAAGGAGAUGCUAGUUGCUGGGACUGUCAUUCCCAAGAGCGAUGUGAUCUCGAGCAUGGCCGCACUGAGAGAGAUGAUGGAGAGCGGAUUAGCGAUGAUGAGAUUAUGGAUAAUAUAAUCUCACUGGUAAUUGCCAGUCAUGAUACUACAGCCAUUCUCUUGAGCUUGAUGGUAUGGAAGCUGGCUAGAGAUCCUAAGAUUCAUCAAAGAGUCUUGCAAGAACACAUGGAGAUUUUGAAGGAGAGAAACACCGGAAGGAAGGCUCACAUGGAGUGAAGUGCAAAAGAUGAAAUAUACAUGGAGAGUCGCGCAAGAGCUGAUGAGACUCAUCCCUCCUGUCUUUGGUAGCUUUAGAAGGGCGGUUAAAGAUAGCAGCUUUGGAGGCUAUGACAUUCCCAAAGGAUGGCAGGUGCUUUGGGUCUCCCCGCCAACCCACAUGGACAAGUACUUCUUCGAAGAUUCUGAUGAAUUCAAUCCAUCACAUUUUCAAAACCCAUCUAAGCCGAUCCCACCGUUCGCUUACAUCCCAUUCGGUGCUGGGGUCCACAUGUGCAUUGGCAACGAAUUCGCUAGGGUCGAGGUGCUCACCAUCGUCCAUCACAUGAUCAUAAACUUUGAAUGGUCACAAAUGAUUCCCAACGAACCGAUCACACGCCAACCGAUGCCCUAUCCAUCCAUGGGCCUCCCCAUCAAGAUCAAAGCCAGGAUUCCAUCAGAUUAGGUCACAGAUGCUACUUGUAUCUCCUGACUAUGCAAAGCGUAGCACUGGAAAUGAAACUCCCGUUUGUAUGAUACUUUAAUUAGUGGGAAGUGCCAUUUUCGUACUCGGAUUAGCUA